AUGUCGACGAUUGAGAGCCGCGUGGAAGCCUUCGUCUCCCGCCUGAAGGCGGCGCCUUCAUUUGAUUCGAGACACGCUUCUGUAGCCUUGGGCCAUAUUCUGGGCUAUGAUGAUACUCUUCACCCCAUCCAGACUUUCGUCAGUGAUUACCCUGGCCCCAUGUCCAACGACGAGAAAGAGCGCUACAAACAGGACAUCUACCACCGAGCAGGACCGAAUGCCAAAGACAGAGUCGCAAAGCUCGCAGUGGGCACAUUUGCUUUGGCAUGCAAUAGGCUGCAGGAUGAGUUCGGAUUUUGGUCUUCUGUCGACGAUCUCCUGACAAUCUCCAGUGUCCUUGUCGAGAACCUCAACGGUAUCCAACUUCCACGCCUUGAUGAGCUUGCCAAUGACAAUGCUUUCUUCGAAGCCUAUAAAAUGGAGAUUACAGCACCCGGGUUUGCAAAGAGUGUCCAAAGUUACUUGAGAAAUGGGGGAUCAGCCAACUAUCGGACAAAUUUGGUUUUCGCGUACGAAUAUCUACGAAGAAAAGCAAACCCGGAAGUGAUUACCAACAUACGCAAGGACAGUGAAAUCGCUGACGUGGUAGCCGCUUGGCUUGACCAUACUCCCGCUUCCACAGAAGCUGAUACGAUCGCCAAUGUCCUCAAGAAGAUUAUCACUCCAUCGGGAUCUGUGGAUACCAGCAUACUCAAGGAUCCGAAAGUAUUUGCCGAGGAACUGUUUGGCAUCAUCCAGUCAGUCACUGCCGUGUUUGCGCCGGAUAACCACUUGGAUCUGGCUGCGUUAGACACGUAUGAGCUUGUCAUCCGUUCUGCUCUUCCUCUCAACGCCGUCCUCCCAAGAGCCAGUUUCGGGUCUUUGGAGGAGGCUUUCAAGCCACUGGGUCUUGAUCUUUGGCAGGCUUGGGACGAACAAAUCAACAUCAUGAAGACGAUCUGUGAACGGCAGCUGCUGUUGAAGCAGACAACAAACAGGACAGUCGAUACCUACGGCGGAAAUAUCGCCUAUGUUAUGCGACACUGGAAAGAUACAGGCCUAUUCAAGAUGACAUACAACAACAGCCGUGCGACACCAGGAUCUGAGAACCCCAUUUCUGGCUGCUUCCGAGCCGGUACUAUGGUCUGGGCGCGUGACGAGCAGAAGCCCAUCGAAUCGUUCGUGGAGAAUGAUCAAGUGUUGACGCGUGCUGAUAGUGGUGAGUAUGGAAUAUGCUCAGACGAGAAGGUCAUGGUGCCUACAUCUGGGAACAUCGUGUUGUUUGGGAUCAACGAGCUGGAGCCCUUUGUCACAGCGAACCACGUUUUCUAUACAACAACCGGUCUUCGCGCCAUUGAUCCAAUUGCUGCGCAGCACGAGAAUCCCUGGCUCCAAGUUGGAGCCCUCAAGAUGGGGCACGUGUUGCUGAGGACAUCUGAUGGGAAGAGCUACGAGAGAGUUCCGGUUGGAAGAAUCACCAGUGCCUCCGUUCCCUGCGAGUCUGUUCACGGGCUCCACCUCAGGUCUGGACUUCGCAGCUACCAUGCAAACGGCUACCUUGUCCAUCUCAACUACCCGGAGAUCACCAUCGCCAGUAUUGGCAAACUCUUGCGCAACAUGCCUACGUACCAAAGAUCGCAGCUGUUGCAGAAUAUCAAAGAACUUCAACCGAUCUUCUCGAAAUUUGGUGCCGGUUUUGUGUCAGAUCUUCUGGGCAAAGAACUCAAGGAUCCGCAGCUGCUGGACAGCAUGCGUCCCAAACCUCGAGAUACACCACUACCAGAGACUCUGAAAUUCCAAACGCGGGACUAUACUCUCAGCGAGUCAAGAACGGGGAUUGCCGACUUUCCUCAUCGACUUCCGAUGCUCCAGCUUCGAGAUGGAGUGGUUUUCCUCGACGGCAGUUAUUGUGAACGUGCCAAAGUCACAGACCGGGAGAUCGCCUGGUCACGCCCCAUUGGCGAUGUCUGGGAGCAUUGCUAUUGUCGCCUCAACGGCGAGAAGCAGAAGUUCACUGGGACUGCCCUCUGUUGGUACGACAGCGAGGAGAUACCGCAAGCCGUGACGGGCAAACUGCGACGGCUUCGAGUCACCUCGACGACGGUACAUCUGAUUACGGAACCAGAGAUGAAGUGGGAGGCCCAAAGCCUGUCCACAACAGAAUCGAUGACGAUGCAGUCAAACUCCAAAGACGUUCAUCUUGGCAGCCAGGCCCAGGGUGUCUCUGAUGAUGAACCGCGGUCUUCAAGCGAGAAGGAGCGUACUCCCCAGUCCAACUAUGACCUGCUUUACGAUCUUGUGCCAUACGAAGAGGAGUCACAAACUCCGCAGCUGAGCAAGUACUUGGGUCUGACGUGGGAAAUUGUCGGCGAUUCGGAAAACGUCGAAACCCAGACCUUCAGAAUUCCAGCACUGGACGACCUUGCACAGAAACGGACUCAGAUACUCAAGGAAGCCGGCUCUGAGUUUUCUGUGCGCCCUUACUACCACAGUGAGAUAUUCAUGGACGAGAAAAGAAACACGAUGGUCAUGCUGCAAAUGGACUUUCCCGAGUUGCUUGCCAUGGCGGCCGACCAGCACAGCAGCGAUGACGACACUGCUCUUCAGUAUGAGAACCUGACUUUCAAAAAGUCUGAAUCCGACUUGUCUUUACCCUUCAUAUUCUCCCGGGCGACGUUCACGUUGGACUACAAGGACGACCGAAUCCAGAGUGGAAUUCUGCGAAAGUACAACCCGGAGAUGAGGGACAAUGACGGUGUGCGAUACAGGGUCUUCGGCGGGAGAGUCAACCGUGUAAAGCCAGAAGAACGUCUCUGGGUCUCGCUGAGCGUAUCUGCGGAUUUGAAGCCUGGCCAGACACACGCCAAAGUUGGCUCAAUCUUUAGCCCGAUUCAGUCCAAUAUCCUUGACCCUGGCGACCUCUUCACGCUGACCAUUAACGACAUGGAAAUCAAGCAAGAAGCACAGAAAAUUAUCCAUCUAGCCAUGUCUUAUCACAUGGACAAAGAUGAUCGCAAGACCUUCUUAGGCCAGCAAGAUCCUCCGGGUCUCAGCGAUGAUCCCGAAAGGCCCGACUUGCUCCCCACGGAGCUAUCCACCCUGGACGAUCACCUCAAAGUCUGGCUCAAGAAGACCUAUGCCAAUGCCUUCAUCGCGUGGAACUGGUCCCAACGCAGUGAGGACGAUCAGAAGAAGGCGAAAGCCAAGUUCAGCCAAGAAGAUCGGGACAAGCUCAACUACUUUUGGAAGGGCAAAGGGAAGAGUUGUCUUGCACACCAGCCGGAGUUCGAGGAACUCAACCGGAUCGCGACAAGGUUAGCCAUUCGCCGCAAAGUCCCGCGUGUCACGCAGUACUUGAAUGACUUUACGAAGCUUGACCCCGACGACGAGCUCCUCCAAGCACAUCCUGAGAUGAAGAACAUGACUGGUGGCGAGAAGUGGGCCCAGAAACUCUUUUACAACUGCCUCACAGAUGAUGUUGCAGAUGUACUCGUGAACGAUAUGAAAGUUGCUGAUGCCUCAUCUAUCAACAAUAAGCUCAAUAAGAUAUGCACAUUGCUUGCUACUUUGGCUCCUCAGUCGAAACUGAGUGACGAUGCCCUCGAUGUUCGGCUUUCGAGCGCUAUCAAGGAUCGUUACCGGAAGAGACACACUCUUAACUGCAGCUAUAUCGGCGACGCUGAUAAAUUGGCUGGUAACAUCAGGGCGACCGUCCGGUUCACUAUACACUCAGUGCUUGACGGAACUGCCAAUCUGAGCGCGGAAAUGAAAGCCGAGAUGCAGGCGCAUCUCAACGAGAUUGAUGCCGAGGCGAACGGCACCAGCGUGAACCAGCAGACUGCAGCAAAAACCAAACGGAUCGUCGACAACAUCGCUGGCCAUAUUGUAAAUGGCGCGAAGACGUCCACAACCGAUGCGGCAUGGAAGAUACUCGACUACAUGAAGAAGGAGUGGUCUCAGCCAGGACAAAAGUUCAAAUGGAUGGCCACUAUGGGUACGAUCAUAACAGUUUCUGCGAGUCUGACUUACCUCAUGAGUUCAUGGGGCGAAUGGAAACAGUUCGGCACCAAAGAACUGGAUUGGUUUGAUCAAUCUCGAAUGCUUACAGAGGCCGCACAGGCAUUUUCAGGGCUUGCUCUAGCCGCCGUGCACUUCAAGCGCCUUUGGAACGGUGCCUCAAGUAUAAACAGCAUCGGGAGAGAGAUUCAGGCUAUUGCAGGCCGGAACAUGGAAUACGUUGGCCACAAUGCUGCCAAUAAUGCAGCUGCGAUGGCUCGAGCGAGGAUAGGAGCUCCGCCACAACUUGGGCCUGGUGGUCUUGUUGCUCGCCGACACAGCUUGGAAUCACAAGGCCUCAAAGCACUGGGAGGUGGGCAGCCGGGCUUGGCUGCCCGCAGGCUGUCCAUCCAGGAGAAGCUUGUCUCAUUUCGUCCUGGUGAGUUGGUGCAUCCCGAAAUCCCACCUAUGGAAAAGGAGGUGGAAGAGCUGUCUGAAGGCAUUCGGAAGAACUACAACAAGACUGGAUUGGCGAUUCAAGCCUUUGCUAUCGUCCUCGGACUCCUCAUGUUCGUCCACUCUGCUAUCGCUGUUUGGAGAAACCGCAAAAACCUUGACCCAUUCGAAUACUGGGUCCAUGUGGUACAGAUCAUCUUUCAGUUUAUCAGUGUCAUGGUCGAUAUUUGGGCCCUUUUCAAGUUCGUUCCGCCUCAGGUCACGAUUACAUUGAUCAUCAUUGGUUUCAUUUUCAUGGCCAUCCUCUGGAUAUACCAGACUUGGAUCAAGGAACCCAAACCCGGACCCAUUCAAGUCUGGUACGAGAAAACCGGAGCUCCGCUUGUCAACGCACUACCUAAAGCUCCGCCAAGCAUGUGCGAGUGGUCAUUGCAGAACGGGAACGUCAAUGUCGGCAAGGACUCGACCAUCACCAUAGUCGGCAAAGGGCGCUCUGAUAGUACUGCCGUCCGCGAACGAUGCAAGACCAUCUAUUGUAAAUUUUCCGUCUCGCCAACUUCUCCGAAGGCUCUUUUCCGGUUCGACGACUACUUCUCAGAGAGUUCUGAUGAACAGGUCAACGUCAACAUGAACCAAGUGAAGAUAUCAAUACCGGCAUCCUUGAAGGAGAAAGCAAUAUACGGAGUCGGACACCCCGAAACUGGCCUCUCGGAACAUACUUGGAUGACCCCGACAGUUUCUGGGAAAGAAGCGAGAAAGAACAGGAAGACUAAAGAGAUACUACCUGCGACAUAUCUCUCGGUCGGCCAUGGCGAGGAGAUUGUUUUCACUAUCAGGGGAUUAGGGGCAAAGAAGGACCUCGAGAGCAAGACUCCUGAGCGGUAUACCAUAACGAUUACUGAAACCUAUGAAACGGCUGAUGGUCUGCCAUCGGAGGUUGUGGAAACAGAGUUGGUUAUCACGAAGCAGGACUAG